AUGGCUUCCAAAGGGAACGGAGCGGGGCAGGCUUUUGCGCCCGUCCUGGCAGCUCUCGCGACAAUGCAAGGGAAUGCUGCUCGGUCAGAAAAGACACAGGCUCAUGAGUUCCUCGAAAAGUUUCAGAAAUCAGUCGAUGCGUGGACUACAACGCAUGCCUUACUACAAUCCACAGAGAUACCCGUCGAAGCAAAGCUAUUCGCAGCUACAACACUGAAAGGAAAAAUCACAUAUGAUCUAGAUCAAAUACCUGCAGAGUCCCUAUCAGCUCUGAGGGACUCCAUCCUCUCCCUCCUAAAUGUUUAUAGCUCGGGACCAAAACCGAUACAGACUCAACUGUGCGUUUGUUUAGCCAGUCUGGCUAUCCAAAUGACAGCAUGGAAGGAUGUCCUUGCUACCGUUGGCUCAGCUCUGGGAAGUGAGUCGGGAGACUGUGUCUUAGAAUUCCUCAAAAUACUCCCCGAGGAGGUUACAGAAGGGCGCAAAAUCAACAUGACUGAAGAGGAACUUUCCACAAGGACAGCAGAACUAUUGGAGAACAACGCAGAUCAUGUCUUACGUCUCCUAGUGCAAUAUGCGCAGUCUUCUGAAUCUGCCGCAACAAACCCUCAACUUCUGGAAUGCAUUACCUCGUGGAUGCGUGAAAUACCAUCUGCGCAAAUAGUCAACUCCCCCCUUUUGGACUUAAUUAUCAAGGCCCUCUCCAAUGACCGUAGUUUCGAAGCUGCUGUGGAUACCAUCUGUACAAUAUACAGGGACACGCUUGAGGUUGAUGACGCAAUGUCUAUCAUCCAAACGCUGUAUCCAAGGAUAAUUGCCCUAAGACCCAAAAUUAGGGAGGCUGCAGAGACAGAGGAUUUUGAAAUGCUCAGAGGAUUAACCAGGCUUUUUGCUGAAGCUGGCGAGGCAUGGGUAGUGCUGAUUGCCCGUUUGCCCACUCAAUUUAGAAGUUUAGUCGAAGCAGUCUUGGAAUGCUGCAUCGUUGACAAGGAGCGGGAUGUGAUCUCCAUUACCUUUGUCUUUUGGUAUGAGCUUAAGCAGUAUUUGACCAUAGAACGAUACCUGCCGGCUAGAACGGAGCUUGCCGACUUAUUCUCGAAGUUGGUGGAUAUUAUGAUCAAACAUCUGGAAUACCCUUCGCCUGAUAAUGAGCAUAGCGAUUUAUUCGAUGGAGAUCGCGAACAGGAGGAAAUAUUCCGUGAAUUCCGCCACUCUAUGGGCGAUGUGCUUAAAGACUGCUGCGCGGUUAUUGGUGUCACCGAAUGUCUUGGGAAAUCAUAUAGUCUGAUUCAGAACUGGGUCGCUAAAUACGCGUCUCAAGCAACACAUGCCCAUGUCCCACAUUGGCAAGAGUUGGAAGCGCCGCUUUUCAGUAUGAGAGCGAUGGGGAGGAUGGUGGAGCCUGAAGAAAGCUCCGUUUUGCCGCAAAUAAUCCCCCUCAUUGUACAGAUACCCGAUCAAGAAAAAGUGCGAUUUCAGGCCAUCAUGGCUCUCGGUCGAUAUACGGAAUGGACCGCCCAACACCCUGAAACGCUUGAAGCCCAAUUGAAUUAUGUCAUAUCCGGUUUCCAGCACAAGUCGCAGGAGGUCGUACAGGCGUCUGCUCUCGCAUUCAAAUUUCUUGGUACCGAUUGUCAAAAGCUUCUUGGUGGUCAUAUCACCCAGCUUCAUUCCUUUUACGAAUUGGUCAUCGACAACCUAAAGCCGUCUAGUCAGGAAGAAGUUACGGAGGGAGUGGCUGCGGUAGUUGCUGUGCAGCCAGUCGAGAAAAUAUACGAAACCCUAAAGUUAUUCUGUGAUCCUAUCAUGAAUAGAAUCAUGAAUCUCGCGAACAAUGCUAAGGAUGAUGCAGGCCAGAAGGCGGUUGCCGAUCAUCUCCAAUUAAUUACUAUCUUCAUUCAAGUCGUCUCACCUUAUGUCGGCCCCGGUACCCAAAAUCCCGGCGUCAGAUACUGUGAGGAGAUCCUCCCCGUUCUAAAUACAAUCGUGCUGAAUUUCACAAAAUCCGUCCCCAUUCUUGAGAGGGUAUGCCGGUGCUGGCGCCACAUGAUUAUCUCCUACCGAAACGCCAUGACUCCUCUCUUACCAAGUUUAGCGCAAAGCAUAUCUGCAGGAUUUGAGGCAUCCAAAGAAGGCUGUUUCCUGUGGGCUACAGAUGCAGUCAUUCGAGAAUUCUCUGAUGGGGCUGAGUAUGUUGAUCAAGCGACAAGUGAUGCCGUAUAUCAAUUCUUUGAGCAACAAGUUGUACUCUUUCUCAGAAUUCUCAAUGACUUGCCACCCCACCAUCUCCCUGAUAUGAUCGAAGAUGUUUUCCGCCUCCUAACCGACGCAGUACGCUACUAUCCCAAAAAAUCCCUAACCUCCCAAUUAGCCGCUCCAAUUUUCUCCGCCUCCCUAAGCGCCCUUACACUUCAGCAAGUCGACCCUCUAACCGCAGUCCUCCACUACUGCCGCGAUGUGCUCAGCUUUGGCUUUGACAAACCAUCCAUAUCUGAAUUCACAGACCCUGAUGGUGAACCAUACACCAACACCCCGGAAGUUCGUUCCGCUGUGAAGCAGUUAAUAACUUCACAAGGCGCGGUGCUCGUCCAGAGAGUGUUGACGGGGAUGAUGUUCAGUUUCCCUGACGACUGCUUCCCAGAUGCCUCUGGGGUUCUGAUGGCACUGUUUGAAAUGAUGCCGCAGGAAACGGCAAGCUGGGUAGAAGCGACUGUGCACAUGCUGCCUGCUGGAACUGUUAAACCAGGCGAAAGUGAUCGGCUUAUGAAAACAUUAUCUGAAAAGAUUCAGCAGGGUGAUGUUCGGAGGACAAGAGUUGUUUUGCAAGAUUUCACAAACUCUUAUCGACGGAGAAAUGUAGCCCCCAGAGAGGGCCUGGGUAGGCUGGAAGCGGCCCGAUUCAAGUUCAGUGGCUAG